AAUGAGCGUCAUACUUACACUGAUGCGAACCAACGCGUCCAUGAUAGAGGUAAAGGUUUGUAACUCCGCUUCUGCCAUGCCUCCACGAUGCCAGCGUCCAUGCGAGUCUAUUCUUGGGGCAGUCGUACCGAGGGGAAGGCGACCCUGGGCCUUGACUGGUGAACAGUUUUGCUGUAGGGGAUUUUCUGUGCUCGGUGUGUGCUGUUGCGCACACUCUGAUUCUGUGCUGUUUGUCUCAAAAGCAGCGAGUCGACUCGGUGUAGAUCAUAGGAUGGGAGGGGGGAUUUGGAAAGGUCUGGUUAGGCUAUUCCCGCAUUGCCUAGGAAUGAUUAACGUGUUAAAUGAGCAUGUCGGCUGUCAGCAGCCUCGUCCCUGCACGGUUCUUGACUAUCACAGCUCACCUUGUCAUCGUCAUCACAAUCUUUUGGUCGAGGGAAAACAACGUAAAGGCUUGCUUGCCUUUGGAUUUCACGCAAGAGCAGUAUGACGAUGAAGACAGGAAGUUGGUGGUGGCAUUGGCAGUCACCCUGGGUCUGUUUGCUAUAGAAUUGGCUGGGUUCUUCUCAGGAGUUUCCAUGUUUAACUGCAGCCAAGGUCUCCUCUCAACAGGAGUCCAUGCCAGUGCCUCAGUUGCUCUGCUUUUCUUUCAAUUUGAGCAGUGGGAGUGUGACAUCUACUGGUGGAUCCUUGCCAUUUGCAGUGUGCUACCUGCUUUUGUGGAGAUUCUUCUGUUUAUAGCUGUUUUUGGACUGAAGAAGAAGCCAUUGUGAAAGACUGAUCUGAAAUGCUACAAAUUAGUGUGGAUGUGGACAUCUUUCUCACUGUAUCAACAAAUACUGUAGGUACAGAAGGUCUGGGAUUCAAUAAUAAUGUGCAGAGGAAUGAACUAGAAACAUUGUUUAACUGUGCACACACUGCACCAACAAACAAAAGGAUAUACAAGCCGCUCUCUGUCCGUAUUGUUUUAAAAAUAUAUAUUUUUAUACAUUUGGAAUGAAAUAGAUUAAGAAAAGGCAGUCACUUGCUAGUGCUAAUUUGUCAGUAAACGUCGAUGUGGUUUUCUGUUCUCAGUCUAUUUGUCAUUUCCAUGCAAAGUCUUAGAAUGCUAUUGUAAUCCAAUAUACAUUUUCAACAAAUUCUUUCUUAAACUGUU